AAAGGAGGUGGCAAUAUACUUACCUAUGUAGCUGCGAUACUACCCAGCGUAACCUAUCAGUUGACAACACGUUGGUACUUUUGCACUUCUAGAUACGGCAGGCUGCAAGAUAUGACGAUAGGUACCAGGGACGUAAUCAUUCGCAAUACAACACCUGGUACCCCGUGCAACUAAACCCUUAAACGCUGAUAAUGGCGUUAUACCAACCACUCAAUGUCCAACGCCAAGAAAUCCGAUUCAUUAGCAUCAUACGGGCACCAGGCGAUGACGAACAGAUAUAUUGCAAAUUAGAGACGGCAUCCCUUUCAACUGAAGCGCUCGAAUACGCCGCCCUCUCAUAUGUUUGGGGUGACACAAACGUGACGCGGAAGAUUUUUGUCGACAAUGUCCAGUUUGACAUAACUGAGAAUCUGCACGAAAUACUUUCCCGGUUUCGAAGCAAUGCUGCGCUUCUAUCGAACGACCAUGGCACCCAACUCCCGUUAUGGGUAGAUGCUAUCCGCAUAAAUCAAGACUCUACAGCUGAGCGCAAUCAACAGGUGCCACUCAUGCACUUGAUAUACAGUUCGGCGACCAGGGUCAUAAGCUUCCUUGGGCCGAACACGAAGGAAGUACACCCUAAAGACUGGGCUAUCGCUACGGGAGAUGUGGCCCUCCGCAAUAUCCACGCUAUUGCCAACGCAGCUUUCAAAGAUGACGCAGAAGAGAUCAACGAGGAUAGCCUUAAGCGCUUCUUCACUUCUAAGCGUCAUCUAUCACAGGGCCCUAGGUAUCAAUCAUGGAACUCCGACGAUGAAUCUCAGAGCUCUGAGGAUCAACUACAGAGUUCCGAUGAUCAACCAAUGAAUCCCAAUUGGUUCGGAAUUAUGUAUCUUUUCAUGCAGCCGUAUUGGUACCGUACUUGGGUAGUUCAAGAACUGGUACUGGCGAAAUUCGCCCACACACACAUUUGUAUCUGUGGAGAUUAUUCUAUACCGUUUGAAGAUGUAGUAAAAUACUACAAAUGCUUCGAGUUCCUGAGACGGCAUAGCCGUCCAGAGCAGUUCGGUCUCGAUCCCAUCCAAUGGAGAUGGAUGACAGAUUUCGCCUACCCAGCCCAACUUCCAUUGAUUGUUAUAUUUCGAGAUCGCUAUCCCGGGUUGCUCAAUCCUAAGGCUAUACUUCUUCUUAGUAUGACGCACUCUGCGACCAAUCGUAAAGAUUUGGUCUAUGGAUUUCGGGCUCUAUGCCCAUUAGAAAUGGUCGUCGACUACGCAAAAACUGUCAAGGAAGUUUACGUAGGUUGGUUUAACGAGAUUAUCGAAGAAGCAGCAGGUGUUGAGUUCCCAGUUGUCUAUGCAGGAUUAGGGUUGUAUGACAGUCAAGAUUCCGACCUCCCAUCAUGGCUACCUGACCUCAGCCAGCUGAUAGAGAAGAAGUAUCUUACGGACCACAGAGGCAACGCAAAACCCGACCCUCUCGAUUUAUCUCACACAAAGUCACCACUUCCGGUCGUCAAAAGAGCCCAUGUUUAUAUGGGCAACUUGCUUAACCUGGCUAUUGGGCUAACAUGUUUCGCCUUGAUUCGGAUGAUAUCGACCUACAUAAGCUUUGCUUCGCUAUUUUUACCAGAAACCAUCGCAAAAGUUACCCACGAGGUAUAUCGGCUUUACAGGCCGUGUUCUACGUUUUAUUCCAGAAUGUCAACCCAGAGACGAGCCCUCCAGCACCCCUGAGUGUCCCUCCAAGCCCAGUCGAUGUCUUUGAAGCCUUCCGGCUUCACGGUUGCUUAAGUAGGAAUAUGCAUGACGAUGCGGAGGGUCAAACUUGCGCGGACGAAUAC